CCCCCCUUUUCCGUACUAAUAAUAAUACUAAUACUUUACGCGCGGAGAAUCCCCUUCCCUGUUGGCACUAGCACCUCCACCCAAGCAUGGAGUACCACUUCGCACCAAGCCCCAAUCCCAAUGCCCACCCGUACCUUUGCGUCCCUUGACGUGGUACCUGGACUGGACCGGGACCUGGACAUGGAUGGACGGACAAGGGCCUGGCUGGCGGAUCACCAUGCAAAACCUCCAGGUUCUUCCUUGAUGAAUCCAUAAAGUUUAGGCACAGCAUUGCCCUCCCGAGAACCCCCCCCCCUGUCCUGUCCUGUCCUGCCCUGGCUGGUCUGUCCGUCCGUCCAUCCGUCUGCUGCCCCUCUGUCUGCCUGCCUGCGCUGCCUGGCUCUCUCUCGUCCUCCUCCGCCUCCUUCUCCUCCUCUACCACUUCGUACUCUGCUGCGUGGUCAUUGCUCGCGCCUGUUGACCUGCAUUGCAGUGCGGCACGAGGGCGCGCGCGCGCACCAACCCUGCCCCGGCCGUUUCCUGUGCCUCGUUGCUCGUCCCCUCACUCACUCACCUGGUCGCUCACUCACACACAGACACACACACACACGCUCUCUCUAUUUCUCUACACGACUGCCUACAGUUCCACAUCCCAGGCACCUUGCCCGUGCCCCGGGCCCGUUACACCCAGCUUUGCUGGUGCUCGACGUUGGUCCCGCUCUGUCCCCUCGCUCGCUCGCUCCCGCUCCGCCCAUCCUGGUCGUCCAUCCGUCUUUCUUGUCUUCUUCCCCCCCUCCCGCCUCACCUCUCGACCGAACUGUCUCGCCCGUCCUCCCGUCCUCAUACGUUCGUUUUGUUCCCUUGUGUGAGCGUCGCCAUUGCCGUCGCCGUCCUCUCGCUUAUUGUCUCGCCGCCGAACCGUCUGUCGACUCAUGCUCGAUGUGAGGCCCUCGCCAUCCAUCAUGGACCAGAGCCAGAAUCACCAACUCCCUCGGCCAACGCCGCUGCCUUCGUCGCAGGAGGAUCCGUCUUCGUCGCCGUCGCAGCAGCACAGCCAGCAGCAGCAGCAGCAGCAGCAGCAGCAGCAGGCUGAUGCCACGCCCCAAGACGUCCUCGCCGAGGCGCGCAAGAAUCUGCAGGUCCUGAUCGAUUCCGGCCUGUCCAAGGACCUCCUCCACAAAUGGGUCGACGACAGCCAGUCGCUACAGCUCUCCUUUCCGGCCGCGAACCCGUCCUUCGUUUCGUCCUCACAACCGCAACCGCAACCACAAUCGUUACUUGCUCCCCAGCACCCGCCGCCGCCGCCACCGCCUCAGUGCCCGCCGCCGCCGCCGCCCACGCACGUCCCGUCGGUCUCGACGGCUCCCACGCCCAUGGUCGCCGUGACCAUGCCUUUGCCGUCCUCGUCGACCACGCAGGCGCCGGCAUCGACUCCUUCCAAGCCGGAACCGCUCGCCGAAGAUGUGCCCGGCCCGUGGCCAUCGUCCUCGACGCUGACGUCCAACGCGCCGCGCGAUCGCUCCCUGCCGAAUACCGUGACCGACGUCGAUGCGUCCCUCUUCAUGCCGCCCUCGGCGCCCUUCACCCACGCCCACCGACCUCGCAUAUCCAUCUCGUCCGUGAGCUCCGGCUCGUCGGGCCACGCCUCCAUAUGGUCUACCAACUCGGCGCAGUCUUCCUUUUCCUGGCACUCGGGCACGACUGGUGGCAGGUCAAUGGCGCCGCUGCCGAUGCCCCCGCCCAGCGCCAGCGUUCCCAUCCUCAACGGCACGCACGUUGCAGCCACCGCCACCAGUCCCAACCGACAGAACAUCUACUGGUGUACCUCAUGCGAAACUAGCUUCAAACGAAAGUACGACUGGAAGCGCCACGAGGACGAGUUCCACGAACGCUGGAGAAAGUACCCAUGCCCCGAGCCGGGCUGCAACCGCAGCUUCUGGGGCUCCAACUCGUUCAACCAGCACCACAAGCAGUGUCACGGUUGCAAGACGUGCCCCCAUGCCGAAAAGGUGGUCAAGUUCCUGCGCAAGCGCAAGUACUGGGCCUGCGGCUUUUGCUCCGCCCUGCACCCCGCUCGCGAGCGCCACGUCGAGCACGUCGCCCGCCACUUUGAGUCGGGACUCACCAAGGGCGACUGGAUGCACUCAAGGGUCGUCUACGGCCUGUUGCACCAGCCGCUGAUCCACGAGGCCUGGGACGCUCUGGUCAACAGCAAGCUGGCCGAGUAUCAGGGCCGUCGGCCACAGUUCAGCUGGCACCCGAGCAGGACCGGCCGCGCCCAGGGCUUCCUGGAGAAGGAGAACAACGGGCAGCUCCAGGACCUGCUCGAGUUCUUCUCGGGCGACGAGGGCGAGGCUCGGUGGAUCGUCAAGUCGGCCUUUGAGCUGGCAGACAUCGUGGCUGUCCCGCCCACGCCGUCGCCGCAGUUCUCGGCGAGCAUGCCGCCGCCGCAGCAUUUCCCCCAGCACCAGGACCACCCUCACAUGUCCUUCCAGCCUCUUCCCUCGCAGUCGCACCAGUCGAUGCUCCCGUCUACGAGCCCCAACAACCAGAGCCCGUACACAUCUCCCUUCCGGAGCACAAUGUUUGUGCCGUCCCAACAGUUUCCUACGCCGUCACGGCCGUCUCCCGACUCGAGUUCGCAUUCGCCCCUGGCCUCGUCUCAGUCCCCGCUUGGCACGUCACAUUCGCCUCUGGAGCAGCGCGAGCUCCCGCAGCUGCCCGCCUCAGCCCCAACCACCGGUGAUUCGAUGAUGGACUUUGAGUAUUCUCCGGCCCCCGUCGUUUUCGAUGACUGGGAGAGCCUCGCCGGUGCCGUGGCGAGUAGCAACGACGCGACGCCACAGCCUCAAGGGAACACGCAGGCAGACUGGGGCAUGAUGCAAUAUUUUGGAGACCCUCGCGUUACAUCUUGAUGCGGGCGAUUUGACACAAGCGAAUCAGCUUGCUAUUCGUCUUUGAUGAGCCUUACACCGGUCCCUUUUCUUGUUCUUUUUCAACGCGAUUCCUUCAACUUCGCAUUGCACGUAUACCACGGGACGCCACGGGUCCCCUCGACACUACAACUACACAUCGUUUUCCCACUACCAGCGAACGUGCAGCCAAGGGCCCGGAGGAUAAUGAUAAUACUCUAAACAACGGUCGCAAAGCUAUACAGUUAUCUCACUUCACCCUGCCCUGCACGCCCUCGGACAACAGGCACGAUUGGAGCCUAGUCGCUCACCGCUUCCCUUAUAACGUAAUGUUUUUUUUUCUUUUAGCCCCUUUCCCCCCCCGAUACAACGGCGGCGUUUGGCGGACCCAUUGCGACAUGUGAGAGGACCUGGAUUUAGGAUACCUUUUCUUUGGGACGGAAUAGAGAGGAGGAGCAGCAGCAGCGGGGCGAGCGAGGGCUUGAUGUAUCCAUGGCCAUGUACAACAACGCUUCUGGCCAUUCUGACAACGUGGCCGGGGAUUCGGGUCAUGUAGGAUAUGGGCAGCGGAGGAGUGCAGGGACAGAAACGGGAUAGAGAGGGCAGUCGUUGCUUGAUGCUUACGGGUCUGUUGAUGGUCAUGACAAGGGUUUUUUUUUUCCCGAAUCGGAUGCCCCGAGGGCGAUAGCCCUGUUUGGUCGAGGCUCAGGCUUGAAGUUACUUCUUAUGUA